CACCGCAGUGAAAUGGUUUGGUGGAGUUGGUGUGUCGAGACAGCCUCAGGCAGUUUGCUAAACCUCGGCUGUGUCUCCAGCGUGGGCUUCAAGCUUCAGUGUCACUGCAGUGAAAUGGUUUGGCGAAGUUGGUGUGUCGAGACAGCCCCGGCUCAACGCAGUUCCAUUUGCCGCCACAGACACAUCGCGCCGUCCAAUGUUCAUCACGCGCGCAGACACCUCAAGUUUUCGUACAUGCAUAACAUGAAUACUUGUCUCGGGUACCCCUAUGCCAAAUAUUUAAGCGUGAACCAAAGCUCAUCUGGCUGUCAGGCAUGCAGAAAUCCACAUGGCAACACUUACCAUUCCUGUGCAGACAUAGGAACAAGGAUCUCCAGGACUUCAAGAUGGCCGGCAGUGCCCCAGGCCAUGGACCCAAGAUGUCCAGCACGGUGGAGCUGAGAUUCGCUUGCAAGAACCUGCCAGACAAAGACAUCACCUCCAAGUCGGACCCUGUGGCUGUCCUGAUGGUCUUUGACACCCUUCAGAAAGUAUGGGUCGAGGUUGACCGGACAGAGCAAGUCAAGAACAACCUGAAUCCCACCUUCACUAAGGGCAUCACCAUGGAUUACUGCUUCGAGGAGGUCCAGAAGGUCCGCAUCGGCGUCUAUGAUAUUGACAACAAGAGCAAAACUCUGACGGAUGAUGACUUCUUGGGUGCUGUCCAGGGCACUCUGGGAAUGAUUGUUUCCAGCAAAAAGUUAGAAAAACCGCUUCUAUAUAAUAACGGCAAACCUGCAGGAAAGGCCAUGAUUACAGUCACUGCGGAAGAAAUAGCUGAGAACAAUGAUGCACUUAUUCUGUCUUUCAGAGCACACAACUUGGAUAAGAAGGAUAUGAUGGGCAAAUCAGAUCCAUUUUUGGAGUUCUACAAAGCUGGACUAGGUGCUGACGAAUGGAAUAAAGUUCAUGUGACAGAGGUGAUCAAGAACACACUAAAUCCAACUUGGAAACCCUUUAAGAUAUCUCUGCGAACCCUGUGUAACGCUGACUACGACAAGAAACUGAAGGUUGUGUGUAAGGACUACGAUUUUGACGGAGGCCACGACCUCGUUGGGGUCUUCUUCACGACAGCGCGGGAAAUCCGCUCAGCGUGCAAAAGUCAGGUCAUGUGUUUUGAUCAUGAUGAAGGUAGCGCGAACGACCUGAUUGGUGAAUUCUACACCACUGCUCGGCAACUGGUCGAGAGUGGUAGCCGACAGCCUCGCUCGUCUAAUCCUCGGGAUUCGCCAGCCUCUGUUUUGUCUCUCUCUUCUCCCUUCCUCUGUUCUUGUCUCAGUCUGGUCUUGGUUCAAGGAGAAUGGGAAUGUAUCAAUCCAAAGAAGAAAUUGAAGAAAAAGAACUACCACAACUCUGGAACUGUGUUCCUGACGAAGUGUGAGGUUAAGAGACAGUACACCUUCCUGGACUACAUUUUAGGUGGUUGUCAAAUCAACUUCACAGUUGGUAUAGACUUCACAGGAUCAAACGGCGAUCCCCAUGAGCCAGCCUCUCUCCAUUACAUUGAUCCCACAGCACCCAACGAAUACACCAAGGCAAUAGUGGCUGUGGGGGAUGUCAUACAAGACUAUGAUAGUGAUAAAAUGUUCCCAGCCCUAGGCUUCGGAGCCAAAAUUCCUCCCAACCAACAAGUGUCACACGAGUUUGCCAUCAACUUUGACCUUUCAAAUCCAUACUGCGCAGGAGUUGGAGGGAUAGUGGCUGCUUACCAGAACUGUCUUAGACAGAUCACAUUGUGGGGACCGACAAAUGUCGCGCCGAUCAUCAACCACGUGGCUAAGUUCGCGAGGAUGGCCAAUCAGGAUAACAAGGCCUCGCAAUACUUCAUCCUUCUCCUCCUUACGGACGGCGUCAUCACUGACAUGUAUGAGACGCGGGAUGCUAUCGUGGCUGCCUCCAAGCUCCCGAUGUCUAUCAUUAUCGUCGGGGUGGGCAAUGCUGACUUCUCCGACAUGCGCAUGCUGGAUGGGGACGACGGGGUGCUGAGAUCGCCCAGUGGGGAACCGGUAUGCAGGGACAUUGUGCAGUUUGUACCGUUCAGGGACUUUAAGCAGGCAACACCAGCCAAGUUGACCAAGUGCGUCUUGGCCGAGGUGCCCAAGCAGGUGGUGCAAUAUUUUGAGAUGAAGGAACUCCAUCCGCCCACCAUUCCCCGCUAGUACGGCGCUUUCUCCGGUCGGAAUUUCACUCUCUGUACACUUCUCCACUUCCUCCUGCCCUCCCCCCCGCCAUGCUAAGCAUGAUGUUAACAUAGGCGUAGUCUCUCUUCAGCAAUAGUUUGACAGUUAACAACUUUAAAGUCUUCAGUACUAUGUAUGUAAAAUUUAACAAUCAAAUACGUCUUGUUGUACAGAUAAAUGUUUUUAUUACUAUUAUUCCCCUAUUGGGGAAAAAAAGAAAAAAGAAGAGUUGGUUCAACUCUGAAACAUUGACAAAACUGCAGAGCUCGAAGUGACAGUGGAAUAGUAGAAACUUAAGCCAGCUUAGUAUAUCUGACUGUACUUACAUGUAGAUUAGUUUAUGACUAACCAAAUUGGUGUGCAAGUAGAGAGGACUGACUUCCAUUUGCUACAUGUACAUCUUUUUUAAUUUGGACGUUGGCAUGAUAGCGAUCUUGUACUUGAUUUGUCAGCAUCCAUUGUCAAAAUGAGUCACAAGUCAUUCAUCAGAGCUACUUUUGAGUUGUAGGCCUGUGAGCCAAUCUUUUGUAGUGACAGGAAUUAUCAGUAUUGUUAACCCACUUAAUGGCCGUGCGCGUGUGUUUUAGGCGCAGUCGGCAAAUCAGCAUGAUCAGCAUAAUCAGCAUGAUCAUCCUGUAGCUUUGCCUGGUUGGUCAGUCCUGCAUGAAAUUGCAGCUUUACACUUUCCUGUUUGACAACUGUGAAUUGGAUUGAAAAGCCAAUUGGCUUACGGUAGAAUUGUCAACAAAUCUUGGAAAAAAUGUUCAAGGAGAUCGACCAAUCAUGGCCAAUGUGUUUCAGUUAUCAAACUGAGUGAUUCAUCCAAAUGAAGAACCUUUUUUUCCUGCUGGAUGGUAACAAAAGAGUGUCUGAAAUAUGUACUUACAAAUCUUUGGAUUCAGUCACAACAGUGAUGUAGUUGAGUACCAAAACUUGAGUACUGAGUUUUCCAAGCACACACAGUGCCGAGUAUGGGCCAAGUCUGAGUGCUUUUUAAUUGAGUCCUGGGCCAAAAAUCUGAGUUCGAGUUUUUCAGCGUCAGAGUACGGGCUGAGUAUGAGUACAAAGAUAAUCGAGUACAUCCUAGUACAUUGUAAAACUAAAACAUGGAACACUAAUGAUACUGGGAGCACUGCCAAGUGCCAACACCCAUUCACGAAAUCUCAAUUUUGAGUCAAUAAAAAUACUGUGUGUCUUGUAACGUUCAGCUCACACUAUGUGAAAUUCUUGAUCAAAGUUUAUUGAAAAAAAUUGAAUCGAAAAAAAUCCCAAUUUCUUUUGAGUAGUGCAUGACUGGGAUUGAGUUAACCGAGUACAAUUUGCCGAGUUUAGGGACGAGUUGGAGUACAAAAUUAUGAGUACUUUAUUGAGUACUUAUGAUCGAGUACUAGCCAAGUACUUAUUGGUACUCGAGUUGCACUCGGGUUAGAGUACUCCAGCACUGAGUCACAAAGAUCAUUCUUUACAAAUUUUGCAUUGUUUGGUCACAGGCUGGCACCCAGUCAUUGCGACAGUGAGUUAUAAAAUUGUUCAAACUUUCUAGCCAAUGUUUGCAUUGCAUCAUAAAAGUGUAGACACUGUGCUCACAAAACCUCUAUGCCACAAAACCUUCAAAUUAACCACUGGGUCAACUCCACAAUCUGAAUCAUGGCAGUAACCAUGUGUGAUGUAUUACAUUUUGUUUGCUAAAUUUUAUUUUUGGAAGUCAGGUUUAUAGCGUGUGUGUAAUUUAACAGAAAUAUGGACUGGGCUACUGAGAGGAUUAACCAGUGCUUUUUGAAGUAUUGCUUAUUUUGUCGGUAGGCAAGUGUAAAUAAUGUAGUUUUUACUAUUUAUAUCAUGUGACACGUUUUGGACCACAUUUGUAGUUCCACGUUCACCAUCUUCAGCAUUUAUCACCACAAGUUUUUAAUCUUCACCUUCAAUACUAGCAAUUGCUUCUCUCCCUGCCACACGUACUUUGUCUCCACUUUAAUCUUAAGUUAUUACCCUGUCACACCACUCCGACCUUUGACUUAAACCUCCCACUUCUACAUUGCCAUCCUCAACUCCUCACCAGUCUCUGGCAUCAUCUCCAAGAUCUUUUUACCACAGUAAUUAACUUUUACAGUGUCCAUCUUCUUUUUUUCAAGAUGUAUUUUUUUCAAGAUGUAUUUUUCUUUUUUUCAAUUACCACACUAAACAGUCCUUUAAGCAAACCCUGACCUGUCUGGUAGAGCAUUGAUAUGCAGACCAUGUGGAAGUACUUUAUGCAGUAGAUUUUAUUGUCAGACUGAAAAAUGGAAGUACAGGCAAGAGUUUUUAUUUCCGCUGGUUUUAUAUCAAUGUAUGUGCUUUAGAAUGCUCUUCCAUGGAGUGGAAUUGGUUUAGUUUUAUGUGAAAACAGUGAUGUGUGGCAUACUCUCGUGAAAAGCAAGGAGGGUAUAAUGUAUGUAGUUACAUGAAUUGAUAGUUACACGUAAAAUAAAGAAGGGUUAAAUUUCUUGAAAUCCAGAAAAUAUGGCAUCUUUUGUCACUUAUCUCUUAGCCAAAGAGCUGGGCAAAAAUUGGCCAAUGUGAUUUAUGCACAGAGACUCACUGCAAGAAAGGACACUUGAGCUGUUUCCAAAAGUUGUGGGUAUGGCUGGAAAUAAUAAGUGCACCUCUGGAAGGGAACAGCUAAUGGCUACAGCUACUUCCUAUAGGGGUGUGUAUUACUCUAAGCCAUAGCCUGUUGAUUUGGACACGGCCCCACCUGCCUGGUACUAGCUCUAUGGUAUAAGCAGUUCCAGUGACCGUGGUAAUGCUAUUUCUGGUUAUUUGCCAUAGCACCCUUAAAUGGCAGUAAGCAAUUUGACAGCAAUUUGAUAGAACUAGUGUUUCAUGAUGGUCACUCUCUACAAAAUCCAGCCAUUACUUUCCACCAUUUUAGGGGGCCUUCGGGGGUGUCCGGUGAUCUGUCAGUGGAUUCAUCUACACACUUUACAAGCAAACUAGCAAUGUUGAGACUGGUGCUGAAGUCGGUAUACCUAUGCCUUUUUUACACAUUGGGAGUGACUCCUCCAGCCAAUAGAUCAUGUGGCGUAAGGGUUAAUUGUAGGGGGGGAACCCGAGGGUACACAUUUUUUCAGGGGAGCACCAAAAGCUGACAAAACUGCAGCUUUCACGUUGGUUACAUACAUUUCAAAAUGUCAGCAUCCCUCCUACAAUCUCGGUUCAGUGAAACCACCAAAUAAAAUAUUGAAAAUAUUGUUUUGGCUUGGAUUUGUACGCUAAAAUCAUGUAGAACCCAAUAUUUUUUAGCAAGGUUAACUAUACAUUAAUCAGUGCUAUGCAUGUUGCCUCAUUUAUUGGUAAAUUGUUCUUCAAAUUGACAACCGUUUUUAAUCCAGAAAAAAAUAUGGAACUUCAAACCCAAGUUUGAAGUCUGAGACGUUCAUAUUUAUUCAAAAAAGUAACUUUUACAAAAUCACUCGUGAUUGGACACCCUCAAAAUUUUAUAUACUAUAAAGGUUGGAAUAACAAAAAAAUGCACGAAAAAUAAUUCAGCACCUUUUGGAUACUUGUUAUUCAUUUUCCUCAGCUUAAAUUUUUACACCAAACCUUAUUACAAGGGGCUUGUAUCCAAGGCAAGUUUGAUGUAAAAAGUCACAAUAAAAGGGUGUUAUCUCUAAUUUGGUUGGUCAAAACAAAGAAACCAUUGAUCACUGAGCCAAUCAGGUUGCUGAUGGCAAUAGUGAUACCAAUCACAGAAUAACUGUCCUGUCAUCGGGCUGUAACAAAGCCAGUUUUAUUAAUUAAAAAAAAAAAGAUGCAAUAUUUCAGAAUUACAUGUAUAUUGGCAUUAAUGCCUUGAGCAUAUUUUCCUAAACCCCUUAAAAUCCAACUCUGCAAUAAAGCAGUAGUACGUACUACAAGGCCUAAAUCUAUCAAAACCUGGUGCUGGAUUUUGACAGGUUCAGUAGUUCAGUUUGCACUUUUUUGUGGAGGUGGGGUUCAGUUUUGUAAGGACGUCGGAUGGACUGUAAAUUUAGUGAUGGUGUGGAUUCAAUACCCUUUUAUUUCCUCUAUUUUACUUCAAAUCCUUUGUACAUUACACACAAAUUGUUAAAAGACAACCAUUCUAGGUACCUCCAUUACAGAGCACAGUGUAUUUGGGCUGUAGUCUAGCUCAUCACACAAGUCCCCUCACAAGUCAUGUAGUUUUGAGCCAAGCAACUGGCUAUUCAAAUGAGCUGUGAAACAAGCACUCCUUCACCCGAGUAGUUUCCGACUGGAAUUGUGACAGAAUUUCUAACUUGUCUCGGGAUGGACUUGACUCGAGCCCUGUUGUAAAUAAGGGGGAUUGUAGCGUCGUACGUUAUUAGCAUAGUCAUAGUGACUACCUGGUAGCCAUACAGCAGUAGGAGAGAUUGUUCGGGAAGUUAGGCCAAAGUAGUUGCACAUUUCAAGGUAUAAGUCAGCCAUGUAGAAAGACGAGCACAGUGUAGUUUAUGUAAUUCUUGUAUUAAAAACAGAAGAAUGUGGAUAGCAGA